UUAUCAACUUAAUUCAAAAUUUCAUUUCUCUAUCGAACACAGUAAAUACUACUCGUAGUUUCAUAAUUUUUCUCUCUAUAUAAUAUAGAUUCCCAACUUUACCACUUGCUAGAAUCCUCUUGUGAGUUGUGACAAAGAAUAUAUACGAAAAAUAAUCUAUUCCCUUCCGCCGAAUAAAAAUAUCUCCAACACAAAUUAGAAAAAAUCUAACCAGAUACAUGGCGGAGUCAGGGUGGCAGCGUUCAUCCACGUCAGCUUUCAGGUGGAUCCGAGUGAGUUUCUCACUUCCGACGUCGUUUAUGCGGUGGCCAAGGCUGUUCACUUCGUAUUUCACGCCGAAUUGGAGUCAUAGAAGCGAUGACAACGGCGUCGUUUCGUCGUCGUCGUCGUUUCUAUGGGAGAGUAUUAGCUAUGCUUUCUCACCUCGACAGUGGUCAUGGCCGGACCUUGACGUGCCUAUCAACAUCGUUGAUUCUAUUGUUUGGUCUGUUAUCUCUGCCGUUGAAUCUGUAGCUCUUGUUUCCAUGCUCUGUUUCUUCUUCCUUUUCUGUGGAUGUACUUUCUAAAUUACAACUUAAUGUAGUUAUAUAGAAUGGUGUAGCCGGAAGAUAAGUCGGCCGGUGACCGGCUAUUUGACAUUCUGGCAAGUUUGUUGACGCUGUUAUCCAGUACGUGGAGGGUGCCGUGCAGCGGUGAAUCCAGCCAUGAUUUGACUGGUGAACUCUAUGGCUGAGGGUAAUUUUGCCAAUUAGGUGUCAACUUUUUUUUCUUUUCAUUUCUUCUCCUUUUUUUACUUUUCCUAGUGAAGCUAGUACUGAAGCUGAUAGUGAUGAACUAUAGGUCCCUUUUUUCUCUCACUUUAUUAUUUAAGAUGUUUUUGUAUAUUAAUUGUGGUUUUCGUUAUCUUUUACAUUUCGAGCUAUAAUUUUCAGUUAGUUUUA